UAUUUCCCCCGCCAGUUUUCAGUUCCCGGUCUCGUGCCACGCCGCUUCCUCCCCCUCUUCUUCUUCCUCCUCCUCCUCACACCUUCGCCCUCUCCAACUUGCUUCGUUGUCUCACGUCGUCUUGCGACUCUCGCUCUCGUAAUGGCUUCCGCCGCCGAAGCUGCCGUUGCUCUCAAGCAGCAAGGCAACAAGGCCUUUGCGCAGCAUGACUGGCCGACUGCCAUCGACUUUUAUAAGCAGGCCAUCGACAAACAUGACAAGGACCCUUCGUUUUUCUGCAAUCGCGCUCAGGCUUAUAUCAAAAUGGAGGCUUUUGGAUAUGCCAUUGCCGAUGCGACCAAGGCCCUGGAGCUGGACCCGUCAUAUGUCAAGGCCUACUGGCGACGAGCCCUAGCCUACACAGCCAUCCUGAACCCGCGCGCCGCCAUCAAAGACUUUCGAUCCGUUGUCAAGAAGGAACCACACAACCGGGAUGCCAAGUUAAAACUAGCAGAUUGCGAAAAGCUCGUUCGCCGCAUAGACUUUGAAAAAGCAAUCGAGGUGGCCGACCCGCCGUCUGAGUUUGAAGAUCUCGAUAUCGAUGCCAUGACCGUCGAAGAUAGCUAUGAUGGUGUUCGUUUGGACGCUGAAAUGACCCAGGAGUUUAUCGACGACAUGCUGGAGCGGUUUAAGAAUGGCAAGAAGAUUCACCGGAAAUACGUCUUUCAAAUCAUCAAGAACGUGCUAGACCUGGUCAAGGCGGAAGCGACAAUGGUUGAAAUCGGUGUCGACGAGGGCACAAAGCUCACGAUAUGUGGUGAUACGCAUGGACAAUACUUUGAUCUCCUCGAGAUUUUCCGCCUGAACGGUUACCCCUCCGAUACCCAUGCAUAUCUGUUCAACGGAGACUUUGUCGAUCGCGGUUCGUGGUCGACAGAGAUUGCCCUCCUCCUGUACGCAUACAAGUGGCUACGGCCACAAAAGUUCUUCUUGAACCGAGGAAACCACGAGACGGACGACAUGAACAAGGUGUACGGCUUUGAAGGCGAGUGCAAAGCCAAGUACAACGAGCGUGUCUUCAAAGUGUUUUCCGAGUCCUUCUCCGCUUUACCGCUGGCCACCCUGGUCGGCGAAAAGUACUUUGUCCUGCACGGCGGCCUGUUCUCCGACGACGAUAUUUCGCUUGACGACAUCCGAAAACUGAACAGACACACCCAGCGCCAACCGGGCCAGUCGGGCCUCAUGAUGGAGAUGCUCUGGACCGACCCCCAGACGGAGCCCGGCCGUGGUCCCAGCAAGAGAGGUGUUGGUCUCCAGUUUGGACCAGACGUGACGAAACGCUUCUGCGAAAAGAACGGGCUGGAAGCCGUCAUUCGGUCGCACGAAGUCCGCAUGGGCGGCUACGAGGUCGAGCACGAUGGACGCUGCAUCACCGUCUUCUCUGCGCCAAAGUACUGCGAUGCUACUGAAAACAGGGGUGCAUACAUCAACGUCGGGCCGGAAUUGAAGCUCGAAUACCACGUCUUUGAUGCCGUACCUCACCCAGAUAUCAAGCCAAUGACGACUUAUGAAACUGAUUUCGAACCGCGAGCAGCCAUGGAGCUCGAUCCAAAGACGCCUCAAUACACAACCUCCGAUCCCAACAGUUUCGCCUGUGUGUCGGCCCAUGAGCGAUGGCCAGUUAUCAUAACCGGAACGAUCGAUGACCUCCACCGAAGCGUUGGCAAUGUCCCCACGACAGACGAGGAGAAACGAGCAGAGGGGAAGGGAAUUAUUGAGGAUCUGGCCAAGCUGAAAUAUGAAUUGCAGCACAACCGUCAAUUGACUCCCCUGCUCGACGACGGCGAGUCUGAUAUUGCAGAGUAUAACAAGGAGCUGGAAGCACGAGGGCCUCCGACGUGGCAUAAUGUGGCAUGGUUGUUCUCGGAAUGUUAUCUCUACCGGCGAAUCGCAACCCUGUUCAAGCGAUCCAAGUCCUGGAAAGGCUACGACGUGUUCUCGCGCCAAAAGAUGUCAACCUUUAAAUCCUCGCGCCCAGCAGUGUUGGAACUAGCAGCCAGAUACAAAGCUCUCGCUCUCGAGGCUGAAAAGCAGAAUACCGACGGACUCAGCGCAGCCCAAAUCGAGGACGCUGAGCGAGUCAUCUUUACGGAAAUGUGCGAGAUUUGUCUAUGGGGGAACGCCACGGACCUGUCGCUCCUCACGUCGCUCACAUACGAGGAUAUCCAGAAACUGCAGGGCUCCGAGGCCCGUAAGGCUGCGGAAAAGAAUAUUCUUGUCAACGAUACCAAGGCUGCCUACGACACACUGCGAGAUGCGCGAAAGACAAAGAAGGGUGAAGAGCGCCGUGUUGAUAUUGUGCUUGAUAAUGCCGGCUUCGAGCUCUUUGUCGACUUGAUCCUUGCAGGAUACCUGCUCUCCUCGGGCCUAGCCACGACCGUCGUCCUGCGGCCCAAGACUAUCCCCUGGUUUGUAUCAGAUGUCGUUCCGCGAGACUUUGCAGACUUGUUGAACGCGCUCGUCGAUCCGCAAGCCUUUUAUACCGCGGCCGACGACUCUGGCCGUGAACACGAGCCACUAACAGACAAGGAAGUCGAAGAAGUGAAGUUUCUCUUCACUCAAUGGAGCACUUUCCACGCCGAGGGGAAACUGGUUCUUCGUCCUCAUCCGUUUUGGACGGGGCCUGGCGGUUACUGGCGUUUGCCUACUACUGCCCCUGACCUGUUUGAGGACUUGCAGUCUGCCGAACUCGUUCUUUUCAAGGGAGAUCUAAACUACCGUAAAUUGACAAGCGAUGCUGCCUGGGACCCAACAACCCCCUUCACAGAAGCCAUCGGACCCCUCGGCCCCAAAUCCGGAAUCCGUAUCCUGUCCUUCCGGACCUGCAAAGCCGAUACCGUUGUCGGCCUCUCGCCAGGCGAAGAUGAGCGACUGCGACAAUUGCCCGGUGGAGGAGGUGAUUCUGGUGCGCGCAAAUGGGCCUGGAGCGGGAAAUGGGCUGUUGUGUCGUUUUCUAACGGCAAGGCUUGA